GGUAGAGAUAUGGACUUGGGAUUCGGAGCCAUUCAGGAAGAAAUUUGCCCUCCAUUACGUAGGAAUAAUAAUUCUCAUUAUGAUGAAUUAAUGGGUUCUUCUGGACUACUCACUAUAGGAGGUCGUGUGCUACGAGUAGCGGUAGAUGACCUGGAAUUUGUUGCUGAACUGGGUCAUGGUAGUUGUGGGCAUGUGUCAAAAAGGAAGUAUAAUGGCAUUGUGAUGGCAGUUAAGUCAAUGCCCAGAAGUAACGAUCCAGUAGAGAGCAAACGGAUUAUAAUGGAUUUACGAAUUCUUUCUCGCUCUUACGACUGUACAUUCAUUGUCCAUUCAUAUGGGUAUCUAAUCACAGAGAAUGAAGUGAUGAUAUGUAUGGAAGUGAUGGCCACUUGCCUCGACUUGCUGUUGAAACGGACCGAAAAUGCACCCAUUCCUGAACCGAUAGUGGGGAAAAUGUCAGUGAGCGUGGUCAAAGCGCUUCACUAUCUAAAGGAAAAACAUAAUGUUAUUCAUCGUGAUGUCAAGCCAUCAAAUAUCUUGUUGGACUGGAGUGGUGUAGUUAAAUUAUGUGAUUUCGGAAUUAGCGGCUUCCUUAUUGAAAGUCGUGCAAAAUCAAAGCUAGCGGGUUGUCCACCUUAUAUGGCUCCGGAAAGAGUACGCUCUACUGAAAACACGCCUUACGAUAUAAGGAGUGAUGUUUGGUCUCUCGGUAUAACCAUGGUGGAGUUGGCAACUGGACAUUUUCCCUACGAAGGUAGUGACUUCCAGAUCAUCUCCUCCAUUCUUGAGUUGCCCAGUCCCUCAUUGAAGACUUCGGAUGGCUUCUCAGAACAGUUUUGCAAUUUGGUUGAUUGGUGCUUGAAAAGGAAUGUUGAGGAAAGGCCUCGAUAUGACUCCAUUCUCGUUAAACAUCCUUUCAUCGUGGGCAAUGAGCGCGCCGAUACGGAUGUCUCGGAAUGGUUCAGUGAUAUUAUGUCCUGA